CUAAGAUACUGACUGAAAGAGGAAAGAAGCUCAGGAUCUCCCCAAUCAAUGGCUUUCAGAGACCUGGUCAUCUUAUGUUUAUUCCUAUCAUUUUCUAAGGUAUUUGGAAGUGAAAUACAAAAUUCAGUGCGAUUUCCGUUGGUUAUUAGUACUUGGCCGUUCUUAGAUGCUGUUAGGGCUGCUUGGAUGGCUGUCGAUAGUGGGUUAUCUGCAGUUGAUUCAGUAGUGGAGGGGUGCUCUACUUGUGAAGUCUUGAGGUGUGAUAGUACAGUGGGGCCAGGUGGAAGUCCAGACGAGAAUGGGGAAACUACACUUGAUGCUAUGAUCAUGGAUGGGACAACAAUGGAGGUUGGAGCUGUUGGUUCCAUGCGGUAUGUGAAGGAUGGAAUCAAAGCUGCAAAGCUAGUGAUGCAACACACGAAACACACAUUUCUUGUUGGAGAUCAAGCCUCGUCCUUUGCAAUUUCUAUGGGUCUCCCAGGACCUACAGACCUUAGUUCGCCAGAAUCCACACAAAAAUGGAUUAAAUGGAAAGAGGAACAUUGCCAACCUAAUUUUCGGAAGGAUGUUAUGCCUGUAAAAACUUGUGGGCCUUAUCAUUUAAAGAAUCUUCUAUUGAAUAGUAACCUUGCCGGGACUUGUUUGGGAGGACCUCGAUUGUCUGGUUCAUCACAUAUAGGUUUGCAUAAUCACGAUACAAUCUCCAUGGCUGUAAUAGAUGAAACAGGACAUAUAGCGGUUGGUACGUCUACCAAUGGAGCUACUUUCAAAAUUCCUGGCAGGGUAGGUGACGGACCGAUAGCAGGAUCAUCAGCAUAUGCUGAUUCUGAUAUUGGUGCUUGUGGUGCAACAGGCGACGGUGAUAUCAUGAUGCGUUUCCUUCCGUGUUACCAAGUUGUGGAGAGUAUGAGAUUGGGGAUGGAACCAAGAGUUGCUGCUAAGGAUGCUAUAUCACGUAUCACAAGAAAAUUUCCUGAAUUCAUUGGAGCAAUUUUUGCUGUUAAUAAAAGGGGUGUUCAUGCAGGUGCUUGCCAUGGGUGGACAUUUCAAUACUCUGUGAAAAACCCAACCAUGAAGGAUGUAGAAGUCUUCACUGUGCUUCCUUGACCCGGUCAAAAAGAUUUUCAUGGGAAUCAUGUUCUGGAGGAGCAAGGAAAAAAAUCGCAGACUAGUUGUAUUCGAUAUAUUCAGCAUAUUCAUGCAUUAUUCGUAGCUCUCAUUAGUUAAUCACUAUCGUUUGUUGAUUUGUUCUUGGUCGUCAAAUCUAUGUUUAAACCUAUAGCGGUUAAAAAUUCUGAACUCUGAAAAAGGCAUGUUUGUUGUC